UGAAAACAGAGGCGAGUUGGCAGAGAACAACUCGGGGCUCGCGGAUUAAUCCAGGCUUUGUUCAAGUUAGUGAUGGAAAAUGAAGCGGAUGUCUUUUAUCGGGAGCUGCCAAAAGUGGAGCUUCACGCGCACCUCAAUGGCUCCGUCAGUUUCCACACCAUCGAGAAACUCAUCAGCCGAAAACCGCAUCUCCACAUUGAACACGGGAUGACUGCCAUCGGAAAAGGCCAGCGGAGGACACUGGAUGAGUGUUUUCAGGUCUUCAAGGUCGUUCAUCAGCUGGUGGACACAGAGGAGGACAUCCUGAUGGUGGCGACAGAUGUUAUCAGGGAGUUUGCGGCUGACGGUGUCAAAUAUUUAGAGCUGAGGAGUACCCCAAGGGAGGAGAAAAAAACUGGCUUGACAAAAAAGAGAUAUGUUGAAACUGUCAUCAAAGCCAUCAAACAGUGUAAAAAUGAGGGACUGGACAUUGAUGUCAGGUUUUUGGUGGCAAUUGACCGUAGGAAUGGGGCUGAAGUUGCCAUGGAGACCGUAAAGCUUGCUGAGGAGUUCAUGCUGUCAACUGACGGUUUGGUGUUGGGAGUUGACCUCAGUGGAGAUCCAAUGGUUGGCCAUGGCAAAGAUCUACUUCCUGCUCUGCAGAGGGCCAAGGACUGUGGACUGAAGUUGUCACUGCACCUCUCAGAAGUCCCAUCACAGCUGGAGGAGUCCGAUUUGCUGUUGAAUCUUCCUCCAGACAGGAUCGGCCACGGCACCUUCUUGCAUCCUGAAGUGGGUGGAUCUCAAAGUCUUGUGGACAAAGUGGUGGCGAACAACAUACCGCUGGAGCUUUGUCUGACAUCAAACGUCAAAGGACAGACUGUACCGUGUUACUCCGAACAUCAUUUCAAGUACUGGUACCAGAUGGGCCAUCCGAGUGUGAUUUGUACUGAUGAUAAGGGAGUCUUCAGUACAGACUUGUCUCAAGAGUAUCAGCUGGCAGCGUCCACAUUUGGGCUCAGUCGUGAAGCCGUAUGGAAUCUCUCCCAGCGGGCCAUCGACUGCAUCUUUGCACCCGACGCCGUGAAGCAGCAGCUCAAACAGAAGUGGCUCGCGAUAAAGCCUCAGGUGUUCAAGUGACCAGCUCAGUGGAACCCACAGCCAGUAUACCUCACAUUUCAGUUUUUUAAAGACUUUCCAUAACACUUUUGUAAA